GCUGCGCGUUAAACGCGGAAAGAAGAAGAAGAAGACAGUCGAAGUACAGCGUCAGGAAGACGGAUACAAAUUACGAUAAACACAGCGGCGGGAAAACGACGCAAAGACACAACAUGCCGAAGAAGAAAGACAUCGUUAAAAGUGGCGCUCCAAUCCCUAGAAUUCGAGAAAACUCAAGACUAAUGCGCACACAUGAAAGUAUGGUAGAUUUCAUAAAUGGACGUCAUCCUGGGAGCUCCAUCCUGGACGUCUUUGCCUCUGGUUUAUUGGGUUUAGAUUUUUUAAGGAACUUUGAGGAUGACAUCAUAUAUUCAGACGAAGAUAACGAUGAAGAUGAUGAUGAUCACUUUUAUCCGUACAAUGCUGCUCGCAAGGUGUUAGAGCCUCAUCCUCGAAUAAAACAGCUCACUGACGAGGAGGCUGAUAAACAUGCAAAGGAAUUGAUAGAAGAAGAAGAAAGGCGAAAGGAAAAAACUGAGAAGAACAAGCGUAAGAAAUUGCGUAAAAAAGAAAAGAAGCGGUUAGAAAAGGAGAAUGCGGUUAAAGACAUUUUACCCGAGGAAGAACAAGGGAAGUCAGACUCCUCGGAAAAUCAGGAAGAAAACUCUGUUAUUGAAAGUAAUGCAGAAGAAAAGAAAAAUCCUGAAUCAGGUGAAACACAAAAUGGAACUGAGGCGUCUGGAUGUGACGAGAACAGCUGUAAUAAUAAAAAAGAAAGUGUUGCAGAAAUUGAGAAAGAAGAACAAAAGCAGGAUUUGGAUUUAAAUAAUUCACAUGCUUCUAAAACCAAUUCGGUGCCUAAGGAGACGUGUAACCAGAGGCCUGCCAGAGAGAGGAAAAAGGAAAAAACUAAAUCAGUAGAAGUUCAGCAGUCCAAGGAGGAAAAGCCAAAAGUUGUGGAGAAACCUGAAGUUCAAAUGAAGAAGGAAGAGAUUCAUGAACCCAAUAACGAGCAGACAGUGGAUCCCACUGUAGAGGAGUUUGCAAAAAGAAGCAGAGAGCUCGCUGGUAUGGGAAAUCGUUUGGCUGCCUCGGGACAGUACGAGAUGGCAGUGAAAUGCUUUACUGACGCCAUUAAAUACAACCCAAAGGAAUUUAAGUUAUUUGGAAAUCGAUCCCUCUGUUAUGAAAGAAUGCAGCAGUAUGAAAACGCUCUCAGGGAUGCUGACGUAGCGCUCUCCAUGGAGCCAGACUGGAUAAAGGGUUUAUUUAGGAAAGGGAAAGCUCUGUGUGGGCUCAAGAGAUACUACGAGGCCUCGCUGAUCUACAGGGAGGUGUUGAAGCUUGAGAAGACGAGCGCUGAAGCCAUGCAGGAGCUGAAACGAGCGCAGACGUUACACCUCAUGGAAAUGGGCUUCUCGUGGGCGCAGAGCUCUGAGGCGCUUAAAACACACGUCACUUUAGAAGAAGCUGUCGAAGCUCUGUUUAGUGGUGACAGUAAUCUGGGUGCUGGAGAUGCCAGUGCCAGUAGGGACAACGUAGAACAACCGGUGGUGCAGGAAGAAGACGACGAUGAGGGAGAGUGGAUCGUCUUACAAGCAAGUCGUCCUCGAACGCAGCAGGUCAAAGAGUCUGAUGCUUGUGGACAGAGCAGGUCGAAAUCUCAGUCGCCGACGCCUCAUUCAAAGAGUUCUGUCAAACCGGAGCUUUUCCCCGUUUGGGUCGGAUCUUUGGCUCCUACUGUCACCUACUCAAGGCUCCACGAGCUCUUCAGCAGAGCUGGGACGGUCUACAGCAUCAAGAUGCUGCUUGAACAGCAGUGUGCCUUCGUCAACUACACCAGGAAGGAGGACAGUGACCGAGCCAUCCAGUGUAUCAACGGGAUGGUGGUGGAGGGCGCGCCGCUCUCUGUCAGAUAUCCAAACAGAUUCCACAAUGGACUCGGUGCGUCCAGAUCGGCCGCCACUGACCCCUUUCCACGCUCCGGGCCGUACAAGAAGGAGUGCUUUUUCUGGAGGACGACAGGCUGCACGAGGUCGGACUGCACCUACAGACACGUGCCAGAGCACAAGAACAUCGACAAGGACAAAUUCACCAGUAGGCUGGGAAACUUUCACAUGUAGGAGAAUAAAAAGACGAGCAUGUGUUGUUUCCUUUGACAGGCGACACAGUGGUGGAGCCAAACUGUUGAUAGUCGCCUCUGUUCGGUCUGGUUUGGGUUCUGGUGACUAACUGUGUUUGGAUUGUGGUGAUUUUUGGAGAUGUCUGCACCGUGACGGCCCACCACUGUUGCACCAACACAAAGGAAACAACCUCCAUUAAACUACUGCAUCCUAGUAAUAAUUCAUGAGCAUCAUCAGGCUGUGAGCAUUCCUCUGUUACUGGAUUAUGUCAGGGAUUAUCUGUGAUGAUUAAUCUGUUUAAAGAUUGUGUUCACUUGAUUUUUACUUUGGAGCUUUGCUUUGUUUUAAAAUGGAUUGAACAGAUUGUUCUGUUGGUUGUUCAGUCACCACUAGGUGGCACCGUUAUCUUUAUCCCUCAGCUUUGGGGCUACAAACGAUUCUGCUUUCAUUUUAAAGGCUGUGACUGAUGAGUAGUUUUGCUAUCGGCACAUUUAAUGUGCCAUGUUUGAUUCUGAAGCUGUGCUCUGUAAUCUGAUUACUGGGGCGCUGGGUGUGUUUCAUGUGUGGGCCGGCUGAGUUCAGUGUGUAUAAAUGUUGUAAUGAUGUGUGUGAUGGAGAAUCUGUUUCAGUGUCGUGAUGUUUGGACACAAACUGUCACACAAUAAGUGCCUUUUAGUAGCACUGUGGCUGCAGCUGAUCAGGGCUCGGCCCAGAGGGGAUUAAAGCUCAACUCAGAGUGUGUAAGGGACAGUUUGGAUCCUCUGAAGUGGAGCUGCGUGAGGUAGUGAUCCAGAGUCAGUGUGUUACCUCCAGUAGAUGUCAGUUGGCACACCUCUGAUUUAGAGAAGCAGGCUCGAGCACCAACUCUGCAGCUAAACAAUGUACUGUUGUGGACGGAGGGCGCAUGCAACGAGUUUUAGCCACCUGACUGUGGAUCAGUGCCACACACACCCCCACUUCAAAUGAUCCAAACUGUCCCUUUUAAAGAUGUGCCGUACAUUAAUAUAUAAAGUAAAGACCAAAGACGUGGUGUAGGUGGAGCAGUAGAGAUGAGCCUGGUUAUGAGUCGCAUCAAAGAAUAAUAAACUCACCCUCAUGAUCACUACUGAC